CUUAGUGUUUCUAGAGUUUUCAGCUGACAACGACACACGUCUCGAACAAAGAAUUUCAACUCAAACGAUUUUUAUUCUUUUGAAAAGCAAAUCAACAAAAAAUAGUCGAAAAUUUAAUUCUAAUUCAAAACCAAUAUGGAUUUCGGUGCACUGUUGCACUUUGCCAAGAAGAACAACGAUGCAGCCACUAAAGAUGAAGGAAAAUAUUAUAGCACUAAGUACGCUCCACCUAAAAAGGAAACCAAGGAAAGCAAACAGCUGUCCACCAAUAUACAAAAAUUCCUAAAGAAACGCGAAGCUGAGGAGAUAGAACGCAAGCGCCAGGAGCGCGAGAAGCUGAACAAUUUGCUGGCCAUGCGUGACGAGAAGUCAAAAAACAAAAUACGUAAAAUGCUGAAAGUCACCAAAUCAGCCAACAAAUCGGUGCUAGAGGAUGCCAAGGACUGUGAUAAUUCGGCACUGAACGGUGCUGAUCAGCCGGAGGGCGAUGAUUAUGGCUACGUGUCGACAGAAGCCAACGCCUUUUAUCAGAAAUACAUUGAGAAGGUGAAGGACGUGCAGGAGGAUAAGGGCUUUGCGCCCAGCCGUCCACAAUCUGUGCGCGAUCUGUCUGGCACCAAGGAACGCGUCAAGGCGGCCAUCACACGCGAACGCGAGGAGGCUAAAUCAAAUACACGCCAACGCAACAGCAAUGCUACUCCUCGCCGUGAGAGGGACUCGUCGGUAGUGCGCCCUAACAAUACUGGGGACAAGAAACUCUAUGAUCCGGAGGCCGAGCGCCGUGAAGAUGAAAGCAAGAAGCGCGAGGAGGAGCAGAAGAAGGCCAAGGUCAAGCGACCCCCACAGCCACCGCCCAUGGACUUUCAGACGUUGCUGCGUCUGGCCGAACAGAAGCAGCAUGAGCCGGUCAACAUUGCCAUUCCGGAGAAGAAGGAGCCGGAGCGUCUGCUCUCCGCUCGUGAAAAACGCGAGCUUGAGGAACGUCAGAAGUACAAGGAGCAGCGCGCUCAACGCGACCGCCAGCGUGAAUUGGAAGCCAAGGCCAAGGAGCAGCGCAAAGAGAAUGGCGUCGCCAAUCAGCCAGGUCGCAUGGCCCUCAAUGGACGCAUACCAAAGCUGAAUAAACCACCCACAGCUGGUGCUGGUGGUGCUGCUGCAGCUCCUGCAGCUGAGUCCAAAGUCAAGCAAUCUAGUGAUAUCCUCAAGAAGCCAGGGCCCAGCAGCUCCAGCGCCAAUGCAAAGCCAACAAAUGGCACCAACAACAACAAUGCUGCCAAGCGUACUGCAGCAUCCGGUGCUGCUGCUUCAGCUUCUCUGACUAUUGCCAAGGGCAAUGCAACUGUUCAAUCUCGUAAUCCUUAUGCUGCUGCCAAUAAGAGUGGAGUGACACGUGAAUUUCCGCCACGUGAUCUAUCCCGUUCCCGUGAAGUGGCGCGCCGUGAUCUAUCCAAAACUCGUGAAUUUCCACCACGCAACUUGUCCAAAACUCGUGAAUUUCCACCACGCGACGUAUCCAAAACUCGCGAAUUUCCACCACGCGACGUAUCCAAAACUCGUGAAUCACGUCGUGAUCAACCCAAGAACCGUGACCUAUCCAAAGUUCGUGAUGCAUCCAAAACUCGUGCAUUUCCACCGGCGGAUAUGCAGCGCGCCGCCCAACGUAAACCUAUCGGAUCGGGAGGAGCCACUGGAGCCGGUCGUCCACCACCGACAGCAGGACGCAAGCCAAUGGGAACAGCAAACAAACGUCGCAUUUACGAUGAUGAUGAUUCGGAAUAUGAUUCAGAUUUGGCUGACUUUAUCGAUGAUGGGGAUUGCAACGAGGAUAUAUCAUCGCAUAUUCGCGACAUAUUUGGCUAUGAUAAGCGUCGCUAUCGCGACAUGGACGACGAUGAUGCUGAAAUGGAGUCCAGCUUUGCUCAAGUGCAGCGUGAGGAGUUUAUUAGUAAGAAAUUAGGUUUACAGGAGGAUCUGGAAGAUAUGCGUAUGGAGGCCUUGCACAAGAAGCGUAAGAUGGCCAAAAAGCGUUGUUCACGCAUCGACGACUAGAAACACAAAAAAAUCACUCGUGCUCUCAAAUUACCAAGAACUCAAGAACACUGUACUGUGCCUGCCACUAUGGAGGCGCCACAUCGCAACACAUUGCCGACGCCAGAUGACCAGCCUGGACAUGCCUUCGAAAUCCCAGGACCAGCUUGGAACUGUUGCUCCGAGAUGCACCUUGGGUUAAUAAUUUAUUUUUGUUUCAUUACUGGCGUCGGUUUAACCAUAAGUUUGUUAACUUGUUUAAUUUAAUUAAUCAAUUCUUGAGUUAUAUAAUAAUACUGCGUUUAUUUUAAUCUUAGUUACCUUAAUUCGGUGCCGUAGUUAAGUGUUAGACCAAAAUUGUAUAUACAAGUGAAAAACAUAGCAAAAUGGAUAGAUAGGAAAUAGGAAUUUAGACUGUAAAUAUUCAUGUCAUAUUUUUGCUAAGCCAAACUCAAAUUUAGUGUACACUUGCAAUCCAAUUGAAUAUCUCAAUUUGUGUUGUUUUUUUUUUUUUUUUUUGAUACAUUUAUAAAUCCCGUUACAACAUGUCUAACUGUAAGUUGUUCCUAUAUACGAAUCAUGAUAUCACGCUAUCAUGGAAAGCCUAUUUUGCUACUGCGAUUUCUGUUAACAAUAUAAGUGCG